UUCUUCUUUUUUCUUUGUCUUUUUUUAUUGGAGUGCUCGUCUCUUCCCUCUCUUUUCACGCCUCUUUUUCCCAAGCUUCCUUGCAUUUUCAUGACCUUCUAUCUUAGCCGUCCAAGCCAGCAUCCACAGAGAGCGACCCCUGACUUUGGGUAGUUCGCUCAAGGCCAAACCACUGCCCAGAAAAGAAUAAUUAAUUAUGAGAUAACUUCUUCUGCUCAAGUCGGAUCGGAAGGCAGUAUCAAUUUGUAGUUGGUCUGAUCUGAACCAGUAUCAAUUAAUGGAUGCCAGGAAAGCCCAUAAAGCCUCUUCAUCCUCACCAUCCUCCUCAUCAAAACGUUGGGAUUACCACAUAUUCUUGAGCUUCAGAGGUGAAGACACGCGCAAGGGCUUCACGUCCCACCUUCACAAGGCAUUAGAAAGCAGGGGAUACGAUGUUUUUAUGGACGAGGACGAUCUACAAGUAGGGCAAGUUAUAAAACCAGAACUGUUGCAGGCAAUCGAAAAGUCCAAGAUCUCUGUAAUUGUCUUCUCAACGAGGUAUGCAGAUUCCAGUUGGUGUCUUGAUGAGCUGGUGAAGAUCAUGGAGUGUAGAAGAACACUGAAUCAAAUCGUUUUGCCAAUAUUCUACAAUGUGGAUCCUUCAGACGUCAGAAAACAGACUGGUACUUUGGCAUCUGAUUUUCAGAAACAUACCAUCCGACAUAAAGAUGAGGUGGUAAAGGAGUGGAGAAAGGCUCUUACUGAAGCUGCGAAUUUGUGUGCCGGGGUUCUCGAAGACAGGAAUGAAGCAAAGUUUAUCGAGGCAUUUAUUGAGAAUAAAAUUAUCGGACGGCUUUCCACAACUCCCCUACCAGUAGCCGCCUACCCGGUUGGAGUCGACUCUCGUGUACAUGAUAUGAUCAGUUAUCUUUUAGGUGGUGGAUCACAAGACGUUGUCAUGAUUGGAAUUUGGGGGAUGGGCGGACUGGGCAAAACAACAGCUGCGAAGGCCAUUUAUAAUCGAAUUAAGGAUAAAUUCGAAGCUCAUGGUUUCCUUGGAGACAUUAGGGACACUGCAAAUAGACAUGGUCUUGUUUAUUUGCAAAAACUACUUCUUGCUGAAAUCUACAAGAAACCGACCAAAUUUCACAUAAGUUGUGUUGAUGGAGGGAUGGGUAUGAUAAAAAAAGAACUUGGAUGUAAAAGGGUACUUGUAAUUAUCGACGAUGUAGAUGAAAAGGAGCAACUCGAAGCGAUAGUUGGAAAUCGUGAUUGGUUUGGCUCUGGAAGUAGAAUUAUAAUAACUACUAGAGAUAAACAUUUUCUAGACGUACUUCGUGUGGAUAAAACUUUCACGGUUCCAGAAAUGAAUCCCGAUGAAGGUCUUGAGCUCUUUUGUCGGCAUGCCUUUCAAAAAGGUUAUCCUAAUGAACAAUAUCUUGAACUCUCAGAAAAGGUAGUUUUUUAUAGUGGAGGUUUGCCACUGGCACUUAAAGUUUUAGGCUCUUUCUUGAUUGGAAGAACCAUAGCAGAGUGGGAAAGCCAAUUGCAGGAAUUGGAAGGAAUCCCUCCGAAAGAUAUUCUAAAAAAACUUAGAAUAAGCUAUGACGGUCUAGAUCGGGACGAGAAGUGUAUAUUCCUUGAUAUAUCUUGUUUCUUCAUUGGAAUGAACAAAGACCAUGUCAGAAAAAUAUUAGAUGGAUGUGGCUUUAAAGCAGAAAUAAAAAUCAGCGUGCUCCUUCAGCGGUGCCUUGUUACUGUUAAUGAACAGAACCGGCUAAUGAUGCAUAAUUUACUUCGAGACAUGGGCAGAGCAAUCAGUCAAGAAGGUGACAAAGAAGACCGGCGUAGAUUGUGGCUCCGUGAAAAUGUGACAGAUGUAUUGGAAGACAAAUCUGGAACUAAAAAAGUUGAAGGACUUGGUCUAAAUCUGCGAAGCUCGGAAAAGGCUAGUUUCGGUACUGAAGGAUUUAGCAAAAUGAGAAAACUGAAAUUGCUCCAGCUCAACUAUGUAGAGCUCACCGGAGAGUACAAAUUUCUUUCCAAAAAUUUAAGAUGGUUGUGCUGGCAUGGAUUCCUUCUAGAUUCGAUACCAGGUGACUUUGAUCUAACAAGCCUAAUUGCUAUGGACCUGCAGUUCAGCAAACUCAAAGUAGUUUGGAAGGAUUGCAAGUUGCUUGAGAAGUUGACAAUCAUUAAUCUGAGUCAUUCUCAUGAUCUAACAACAUCACUAGACUUUUCAAAAGUCCCAAAUCUCGAGGAGUUGAUAUUGGAAUGUACGAGUUUGUCUGAUGUCCAUGAAUCCAUUGGUGAUCUCAAAAGACUUGCUUUGGUAAAUCUUGAACACUGAAAAAGGCUUAAAGAU